UCGAUUGGUGGGAUGCUUUCCUCGGAGGAACCUUACACACGAUACGCUUUCUAUAAUCUUUGCACACAGCACGCCAAAUACUUGUGUCGAUUUUUGUCUGCAACGUGAAUUUCGCUACGCCAUCGUUCAAAAUGGAAAAACAUGCUCUUGUGGCGAUGAUGCACCAAAUCAGGAGGAAAAGUUCAACGGUCGUAUGUGCAACGCACCGUGCAGUGGAAAUUUGGACCAGUUUUGUGGAGGGAAAAUGGCAUCCUCGGUGUACGAAACGGGACUGGCGAAGCGUCCGCAACAACCAUUAAAACUGUAUCCAAGCCCAAAGGAUAAACCCGUCCGUAUUGCAUUCCUGUUGAUGUUCCACAAACGAAAUCUGCGACAAAUUCGCCGACUACUGCGAGCUAUUUACGAUCGCAAUCACUAUUACUAUAUCCACAUUGAUCCGAAACAACACUAUCUCUUCCGCGAGCUUUUACAACUGGAGAAGGAUUUUCCCAACAUACACGUAUCCCGCCAGCGCCACACCAUCACAUGGGGCUGUUUCACUCAACUUCAAGCCUUGCUGUCCGCUAUGAAGCACCUGCUCAGCCUGCCAUCGUGGAAUCCUGACUUCAUUCUUAACAUGAGUGAAAGUGAUUUUCCUAUCAAAACGAUUUCCAAGCUAACACAAUUCCUGACCGCCAAUCGUGGACGAAACUUCGUCUUAAUGCAGAGAAUGGUAACGGUGGACGAGUUUAUCAGCAAGGCAGGUUACGAUAAGCAGUUUGUUGAGUGUGAAAAUCGAAUGUGGCUGAUCGGUGAUCGUGCCCCGCCGAGCGGUAUGGUGACGAAUGGUAGCAAUGAUUGGUUUUGUCUAUCCAGUGACUUUGUACGCUACUUUUUGGAUACAAGCCACGACCUGGUGAAGAACAUGAUGGCCAUCAUGGAGCAUACGGUUCACAGCACGGAAAGCUUUUUCGGACAAAUGCUACAAAACUCUCCCUUCUGUGAAACGCACUACGACAGCACCUUGCGGCUUAUUAGUUGGGUGCGUGGCAAGGGCUGCCCAAAGGGUCGCUCGGUCGAGUGGACGGGAUGUAGCCCACUGACCACACGGCGGAGUAGUUUUCCCAAUAUUCAGCGACACCUAACGGAAAGCAUUUAUGCGGUGCGAAAAAUCAAUCCCAUCUACGAUCAAAUGAUUGUGCUCAUGAUUGAAGAGCAUGCGUACGGAAAGUAUCCAUUGGGUGUGCCGAAUUUGAACGCGUACUGGCAAAGCGUUUAUCACCAUGAGGAUGCAAAGCACGAGGCAAGAAUGAGUUCCGUUUUAAAUGUUGCACACGUGCUGCUCUAUAUCAAUGCGCAGAAAAACCAGUUCGAGGGAUACGAAGUAUUGAAAGUGUUGGAAAUAACACAUUACUUUCAUCGAAACACAUUUGAAGGGUUUUUGAUACGACAUGCAGCACUGUUGAACGAUCAUCGCCUCGAGCUGGAAGUGUUUGUGAAGCCGAAAGACACCUUUCAGCCUCACCGGGCGGUAGUGAAACAACUGGCCAACUUUAAGCUGCAAAUUUCAAACACGAUCGAUUGGGUCGAUAAUGAGGUAAUCGCUUUUGAUCGAGUGCUCACUGUUGAUAAACACCCUGUGCUAAUGUUUCAGUUUCCAAAAUAUAAAACCCUUGCGCAAACGAUUAGCCAUAACAUUAGCGUCGAGUGGAUUAAUCCUCGCCAACGAUCGGUUACGGUUGAACGGUACACAAUCGAGCAAGAACCCGACGUAAUUGAUAAUCAGCCGCUUGAAAGCACCGCCCUGAAAACGCCCCUCGUUCCCGGUGUAUGGAAAGCGAAAGUUUUUGUUAAUGCGACCUAUGUUGGAAUGAUUGAUUUUCUGGUAGUCAAAAAUAAGCCGAUUCCACUAAAACGGGUUUCUACCACAACUACUGACGCUUGUGCUCGACCACGUGGUAUCCUCUCUGCUGCAAGCACCACGUGCCAACUGAGCAAUGCAGAUUAUGUGCUGCAAAAACAGUUUCGUUUUAGGGCAAACGUUGCGCAAAUGUAUCAGCUCGAGAGCACGUGCCUCGUGGAUAGCGGUGAGAUCGCGCCGGAGCAGUUUACACAUAAGCCGUUGGAACGGUGUAACUCUACACUGUGGAGCAGUUUUGCGCCAGAUCCGAAAAGUGACGUCCAUUAUCGGUGGAAGCAAAGUGGUUAGAUUCUAGGGGAUAAAAAUCCAAUUACCAUUUGCAUGGCAUUGUGCAAUUUUGAAAAAAAAAUAAACACAACAAGCAGUGUCAAAUGUCAAAUAAUGCACGUUUCUUUGCAAAUGUCAAAUUACC